CGGACGCUCGCUCCGUUCGCCAUGGCCAGGACCAAGCAAACCGCCCGUAAGAGCACCGGUGGGAAGGCUCCACGUAAGCAGCUUGCUACCAAGGCUGCUCGCAAGAGUGCACCUGCCACAGGAGGGGUUAAGAAACCGCAUCGCUACAGGCCUGGGACCGUGGCCCUUCGUGAAAUUCGCCGCUACCAGAAGUCGACCGAACUUCUCAUCCGCAAGCUGCCGUUCCAGCGCUUGGUGAGGGAAAUCGCUCAGGAUUUCAAGACCGACCUCCGAUUCCAGAGUUCGGCUGUGAUGGCCCUUCAGGAGGCCAGCGAGGCCUACCUGGUCGGUCUCUUCGAGGACACCAACCUGUGCGCCAUCCACGCCAAGCGCGUUACCAUCAUGCCGAAGGACAUCCAGCUGGCCCGGCGCAUCCGUGGCGAGCGCGCCUAA